UUGGGUCACGUGUCUGUCACGUGUCUCAGCUGUCGGGGCCCUGCCAGUGUACAGUAGCUCUGAGGCUGCAGGCGGAGGAAGCGGCAGCAGCAGCAACAGCAGCAACACACCGAGCCAAGCCCUCUCCAGAGUCCCCGAGGCAGCUUGAAGAAGCUGACGUGAUGAGGUUCCUGGGAGAAGCUGCUCCCCUGUGGGCUGACAGCUGAUAGAGAGGAGUCCCUUCUCCUCCUCUCACACGUGAAGUCAGGAACAAACGAGGAGGACCAUGAACGUCGAAACCAGACCCAUUUGAAGAAAAACAUCACUCAGACCAACUGGAAGCACUGCCUGGUUGAACAUGCUUGUUUUUGGGUGUAGAAGAUGCAGCUUGUUUUUGAGGUCUCUUUUUGCUCUGCUGCUGACAUGAGCGAAGUGGCUUUUGAUACAUUAAAUGUCUGAGUAUUUCUUUUCUCACAUCUUUUGUUGCCUUGUCCUUGAAACUGCCUCAGCCAGGCUGUUCAAAAUCAUCACAAUGACUUGAGUGCCUUUUGAUUUUUCUUUUUCUUUUCAACCCAGUUGGCUAAAUGACACAAUUAAUUCAACAAUGCUAACGUCCACAGUUUUCUGAUCCUGUUUCUUAGUUUCGGGGAAAUUUUGAUUGAUCACCUUUACUCACUGUUGCAGAUAGCCAAAGGAAAGCAUAAGUACUAUGCACCGUUGUUGCUCACACAGUUUCUAUACAAAACCAUUAACCUCACAGGAAGAGAGGCAGUCGUAACAGCACCCAAACCUGGACAAAGAACCUCUCCCAUCUCUCUGUGUAGACGUUUUUUAUUGAGGGGGUUCUGAGAGCUGCAAGGAUGUUUGCUUCUGUGGAGCAUGGCCCGGUGCUCUGUAGCGACUCCAACAUCCUGUGUCUGUCCUGGAAGGGGCGAGUGCCCAAGAGUGAGAAGGAGAAGCCGGUGUGCAGGAAGCGGUACUACGAGGAGGGCUGGCUCGCUACCGGGAACAGCCGGGGGGUCGUCGGGGUCACUUUCACGUCCAGCCACUGCAGACGGGACCGGGCCACGCCGCAGAGAGUGAACUUCAAUCUCAGAGGACACAACAGUGAGGUGGUACUGGUGCGGUGGAAUGAGCCUUUCCAGAAACUGGCCACAUGUGACACAGACGGAGGGAUUUUUGUAUGGAUUCAGUACGAGGGCCGGUGGUCUGUGGAGCUCGUCAACGACCGUGGAGCUCAGGUGAGUGACUUCACCUGGUCGCAUGAUGGAACGCAGGCUCUCAUCUCAUACCGUGACGGCUUUGUCCUGGUGGGCUCUGUCAGCGGACAGAGACACUGGUCUUCUGAGAUAAACUUGGAAAGUCAGAUUACCUGUGGAAUCUGGACUCCUGAUGACCAGCAGGUGUUGUUUGGCACAGCAGAUGGACAGGUCAUAGUCAUGGACUGCCACGGGCGUAUGUUGGCCCAUAUUCUGCUCCAUGAGUCCGAUGGCAUUGUUGGCAUGUCAUGGAACUACCCCAGCUUCCUGGUAGAGGACAGUAGUGAGAGUGACACAGACUCCGAUGAUUACACUCCACCUAAAGUGCACAGCCAGAAACCACUGUUGACAGUCAGUUUCACCUCUGGAGACAUCAGCCUGAUGAAUAGUUAUGAUGACCUCUCACCCACACUGAUCCGAACCGGUUUGAAAGAUGUUGUAGUCCAGUGGUGCUCUCAGGGCGACCUUUUGGCAGUGGCAGGGAUGGAGAGAACAGUCCUCCUCUCCCCCGACGCUCCAUGUUCUCCACCCACCAAGAACGCCAUUGUCAAGUUCUACAAUGUUAGAGGGGAUCACAUCUACACACUAGACACACCAGCACAGCGCCCCAUCACUACGCUCUGUUGGGGUCACAGAGACUCGCGUCUGUUCUUGGCGUCGGGCCCAGCGCUCUAUGCAGUUCGAGUGGAUCACCGGGUUGCGGCGCUACAGCUUCUCUGCCAGCAGGUCAUCGCCACAGCCGUAAAGGAGGAGAAAGAUGUCGCCAAGCUCACCAUGCCUUCUCGGCUUUGUACCUACGUCACUGCUGCUUUCGCCCCGACCAUCAAGCCACCCAUCCCAGAUCCUAACAACAUGCGGGAUUUUGUGAGCUACCCGACAUCCGGGAAUGAGCGACUGCACUGCACCAUGAAGCGCACAGAGGAUAACCCGGAGGUGGGCGGGCCGUGCUACACUCUGUACCUGGAGUACUUGGGUGGUCUGGUGCCCAUCCUGAAGGGUCGACGGAUAAGUAAGCUGCGCCCUGAGUUUGUCAUUAUGGACCCCAAAACAGAUGGUAAAACAGAUGAAAUAUACAGCAACAGUUUGAUAUCAGCCAUGAUAGACAGCUGUAACUGCUCAGACUCCAGUGAUAUUGAACUCAACGACGACUGGGUUGGCAAGAAAUCUCCAAAGAUCUCUAGAGGAAGCAAAUCUCCUAAACUUCCCAGGAUAAAUAUUGACCCCAGAAAAUCACCCAAGCUGUCCCGAACAACACAAGAAAUCUCUAGGUCGCCACGGUUACCCUUAAGAAAACCCUCGAUUGGUUCACCGAGUCUCUCACGGAGAGAAUUCCCUCUGGAUGACAUCAAUCAGCAAAAUUAUCUCGCUCAGGUCACGUCCAAUAUUUGGGGAACAAAGUUUAAGAUAGUGGGACUGGCUGCAUUUUUACCUACCAAUCUCGGUGCAGUUAUCUAUAAGACCAGCCUCCUCCAUCUGCAGCCCAGACAAAUGACCAUCUACCUGCCUGAGGUGCGCAAAAUCUCCAUGGAAUACAUCAACCUGCCUGUUUUCAGCCCCAAUGUUUUCAGUGAGGACGAGGACGACCUUCCUGUCUCGGGCCCUGCUGGAAGCACUGACGAUAACCCCCCAUGUACUGUAAACAUCCCUAUAGCCCCCAUCCACAGCCCCGCCCAGGCCAUGUCCCCUGCCCAAAGCAUCGGCCUGGUCCAGUCUCUGCUAGCCAAUCAGAACGUUCAGCUUGAUGUCCUCAGUAAUACGACAGCAGCUCCUUCUGGAUCAUCAGCCAGUGGUUCGGACCAAAGCCAGGAUGCCAUCUUGACGACCCAAUACACUGUGCCCACCAGAUAUUCUAGUCCGGGUCAGGUUAUUUUUGGGGGACUGGACGUAGGUCGGCUAAUGGUUGGACCACCGCCGUCCCAUCAUCCAUCUCAACAACAACAACAACAGAGUCAGCAGCAGCUUCUACAACAUCAACAAAUUCAGCACCACCAACAGCAGCAGCAAAUACUCCAGCAGCAUCACCUACAGCAGCAGCAGCACAUUCAACAGCAGCUGCAGCAGCAGCUUCAGCAACACAUACAGAUGCAGCAGCAUCAACAAAUGCAGUUGCAGCAACAGCAGCAAAUGCAUCACCAGCUACAGUCUCAACAACACCAUCUUCAGCAGCAGCUUCAGAUCCAGAUCCCUGCUCCGUCCCUGUCACCGGGGCAACCUUCGGGAACGGCCCUGCACCAGCUGCAGCCGGGGGCUCUGCAGAUACAAAUCCCCCACCAGCCAGCCGAUUUACUUGUUGACAGAAUGGCGGGCGGGGAGCACGAACACCUGCUAAAGAUCAAAACCACUCGGUCAACACCACAGCUAGCUGACGCUGAUACAGUUGUGUUCAGCGCUCCUUUGGAGCUCAGCAAAAUGAAUCCACCGCCUCCUUAUCCCGGGACCGUAGCAGCAGCGGUUGCUGCUGCUGCAGCUGCAGCUUCACCAUCAGCUUCCAACGCACCUUCCAGCUCUUCAUCUGGAACAGAAGGGGGUGCUAGUGGAACUCCUCCCCCUAGCGAGCUCUGCGUGAAGAAGGGUGACUUUAAACUUUAUCCUCCAGGUCAGCAGCAACUACAGUACCCCACACCUCUGGGCUACGAGAGGAUAACGACAUUUGACAGCAGCGGGAACGUGGAAGAGGUGUGUCGCCCUCGAACACGCCUCGUCUGCAACCAGAAUGUCUACACACUCCAGGGACCUGGCAACUCUGCCACGCUCAGGGUCACUUCCUCUUCAUCCUCGUCUGCAGCUGACAAGAAAAUCCAGCUGCCCUACACCUCUGCUACGCUUAACAGACUCACCGCACCCCGCUACUCCAUACCAAGCGGAGACCCACCCCCAUACCCUGAUUCGGCUAAUCAGAGCGGAGCUGCUGGGAGGAAUCAGAACCAGCGACUCGACAGCAGCUUGAUCCACGCCACCCUCAGGAGGAACAGUCGAGAGGCCGCGCUUAAAGUCUCCCAGAUGCUGGAACCUCCAAGGCCACUUCCUCCAAAAGCUAAAAACAGUCCACUAGCAACCUCCUUCCAGCAGAGGGUGCCAACAGCCUUAUACACGUGCAGCCAGUGCAGCAGUGGAUCAAGUGUUGGCGGUAGUGCUCCAGGGAGCGCUAAUGGGAUAGCAGGGGGAACGAUUAUCAGGCAAGAUUUUCCUCCAGGGAAUGGCGCUCCACACAGCACAGUGAUAGUUCACUCCAGCAGUGCCACCGCUCUGUCAUCCCAAUCCUCUUACAGCUUGAUGAGCUCACUGGAGGGGUCUGGGAGUGCGGCGGGAGCAGGAGGGAACAGAGACCGGGCUGAGUACGUUAACUCUGCGUUUACUGAGGACGAAACACUCAACCAGUCGCUGAGGCAUUUGGUAAUUGGAGGAAAUGAUGCAUCGGGGCUUGUCGUCAAACGCCCACCUCCCUACCAGUGGGACCCGACUGGCACAGAGGAGGUGUGGAUACCUCAAGAGAGGACAGCAAAUGCCCCCCCUGGAGCGCACAAACCUCCUCCCCUAAUUCUCAGCCCGACUCAGCACUUGGAUGUUACCAGACUGCCUUUUGUUCUUUCUCCAAAGUCUCCUACCAGCCCCAGCGCUGCAUCAUUCCAGGCUGCAUCAGCUACACCCACAGGCUACCAAAUCUCUCUGCAGUACCCCCCAGCAGCAGCCUAUGCCGGAGCUCAACUCCAACCCAUCCCAGGGUCGCCGCGCCCCUGCGCCUCCCCAAAGGAAGUUGUGGCUCCUGUGGCCCUCUCACAGCAGGACGCGACCCUUGUCUUGUCGCCGGGUUACUCUCCAAACAUAGCAAACCUCGCCUGCUGUCCCCUUCCUCCCUUGUACCCUGGAGGAAGUACCUGUGCUGGAAUCCCCAUCCCUCCCAUUGCCCUUCACACACCGUGGGGAACGUACAACCCUUGUCCGCCUAUGCCCAGUCCUGCAGUGCCACUUCCACCCAAAGCCUCCCACGUAUCAGCAGACAAAAAUGUUCUCUCACCUCCUCCUCCACCUCCUCCACAACCUCCACCACCACCACCAGCAGACCCACAGAGCCACGGGGCAUUACAGGAGACAAUGGCAGAGCCAGGGGACACUUACCAGGAGGUGUUAUCUUUGACUGAGAGCCCCGUACCACAGCGGUCCGAGAAGUUCAGCAAGAAGAACCGCAAGCGAAUGGACGGCCGGGCCGAAGAGGCUAACGUGUCUCAGUUAGCCGAAGGCAGCAAGUCGAAGAAAGAGGGCAGGGCUCUGGGGGAUUUCAACUCGCUGAUUUCCAGCCCCCGACUCGGAGGAAGAGACAAGAAGAAACUGAAGGGGCAGAAGGAGCAGCAAAUGAAGUCGAAGAAGCUGAGUAAGGCCACGGCCAACAGUGAGUUCCAGGACAGUUCAGAAAGCGAGCCGGAGCUUUUCAUCAGCGGCGAUGAGCUCCUUAAUCAGUGCCAGAGCGGUAAAAAGGGCUGGAAAAGUAAAAGGAACUUGAGGGCAGCUAGCGAGCUUGAUGAAAUAAAGUGCCGGAAAGCCAAUGAGAAGGAAGACAGAGGAUUGGGUAGCCAAGGGUUUGUGUAUGUGAUGGCCAAUAAGCAGCCUCUGUGGAAUGAAGCCACACAGGUCUACCAACUGGACUUUGGAGGCCGAGUCACGCAAGAGUCGGCCAAGAACUUUCAAAUCGAAUUGGAGGGCCGGCAGGUGAUGCAGUUUGGUAGGAUUGAUGGUAAUGCCUACAUCCUGGACUUCCAGUACCCCUUCUCUGCGGUUCAGGCUUUCGCAGUGGCUUUGGCCAACGUCACCCAACGCCUCAAAUGAGACGUCCCCUCCCAACACACCCUGAGUCAUCCCAUGAUUUUAAAUGCAGCCUGCUGAAGGAGCACAGUUGUUUGCUUUGGAGAUUCAUAAACUCUAAUAAACUCAGCGGAUUUUGGAGAAAACGACUGAAAUCAACUGUGGUCAAUAGAUGGAAAUGCAAUCACACUGCACUACGCAAUGCUGCCACUAGACAUGGUGCAAUAAGCAUUGACUGUGUUUUUUUUUUUUUUUUUUAAACGCCAUUAGAUCUGCUCCGUUCUGAAUUCGGUGGCACCCUCCAAGCACGUAGGGCCAAAGAGCUGAGCUUGGGUUAUCAUCAUGCAAAUAAAUGCUGCUUUGGAUAGAAGAGGCUUUCUUAGAGAGACAAAUUGUCAAGGUGCAGUUUAAAAAAUAAAAGCAGCAGUAAUACUUGAAAACCACACUCUGGAGGUUAAAUUACGUUUUCCAGAGCGCACAGGUACUACUGGGCACUGAAAUCCAUUGCUGUACAAAACUUUAGUGAAACAGUUACUACUUUAUUAAACUGCUUUUGCUUAUAGUUUAUUAAAUGAGGUUACUUAGUGGAGGUUUUUGUUCUAUACCAUUCCUGUUGUUUCUAUCUCAGUCAGUUUCGGCUGGAUUUAAGGCUGAUAUAUGCAUCAUUUAGGAGCACUACUAAAAGUUACGACUUUUCACUGUUUCUGGAAGGAAAUAUCGUUCUUUAUCAAAUCUGCGUUUGAAGGAUGAAAACUGUCACCCUGCUACACUUAAUAAUUUAUAUGUACAUGUUGUUUAGCUUUCCAGACAGAUUUUUUAAGAAAAUAUUGUUAUUGUUGAAAAUGUACAACCCUCAUACUUUUUCAUCCCAGUUUUUCUUACCGACUUUAUUUGGGGAGGCUGAAUUUAAAUAUUGCUGUACACUUGGAGUAUUCAGGUGAGAGCGGUUUACAGAAUAGCCUUGGCUGACAUAUCCUGUAAUUGGAUAUCUGCAUAUGGUGACAGUGGCGCCAAAGAUGUCACCAAGGCCUCAAUUGAACAACUUAACCUCUGGCAUGAAGUGAUAAUGUCACCUGCUGUCACUUCUGUGAAGUGAGUACGUAUUUGGGGGCAGUCCUUGCUCUUUAGGACCACACUAAAACAUAUAAGCAUGGUACAGGAAAUAUUUUUGUAUAUUUCACCUAUGCCAUUUCAUAUUCUUCUCAGAAGGCAUGUAAAUAAAUUGGAGGUGUAAAUGUGACAAAGAGACUUUGGCGACUCUGACAAGUUUACACCUCGGCUUCACUGUGUUUAAUUUCAGGUGUGGAGGGAAGCUGUAACACCGUAAAAUUACUGUUAAGCUAAAUCAUCGUCGUCACUCAGUUUAAUAAGACUACAUUUGAAGAAUGAAGCUCCACUUCAUAAGCUGACUGUGCAAACUGAGAGACGGGUAAAGCUGUUUAAGUGUUAGCAAGAAUCAUGGACGGAGAUAAAGUGCAAAGGACAUGUAAGCAUUAAUUUCUGUUUAAGUACAAUAUCAGCUAAAGUCACCAGAAGCGUUUAGGUCUAAUAAAACAGUGAAGCUGCUGUAGGGCUAAACUCUAACUUGUGCCAAAAUAUCUACUUACAAUUUUACAACAAAUGCAGUCCAAAGGAGAAGAACCAAUUCUAUUUUGACCUUUGAAUUGAUGAUUUUAUUACUCUUAAUAAGUGUGAUCUUUCCUGAUCUCAAAGAUGCAUGUUGGUCAUCGGUUGUAGAAAAAUGGACCGAAUGAAGAUAUUUCAAACCCUAUUCUAAAAAAACCAAAAAAAAUAAAUAAGCAUGUCAUGACAAAACCCUUUUUGUGUUAGCUGUGCAAUAUUUUGUAGGAGAAAAUUGUUUUUUUUGUUGCUUUCAACCAUGUUUUGAUACCGUUCUUUUGGUUCAAUAUCUGAGAUUGCUGGUUUGUGCAUUUUUUAUUUAUGAGAUUAUUUUCUGAAAGGAGGAAAAUAUCUAUACAUACCGUAUAUUGUGGAAUUUUCCCAAACUUUUUUGUGUUAAGUCUCUAAUGAGUGUAGCCCAAGCUGUGGGGUUGGUGAUGAGAACAGGCAUCCUAAUUUGAAGUUUGCUUUGGAUGAAAAAAUAAAAAAUAAAGAUGUGAAUGAGUAAGUGCCCAGUUUAAUGUAGUUGGUAGACUAGUGUAAGUGUUAAGUCGAGGUGUGUUUGUGUUCAGCUGUGCAGUCUACCAAUCCCAUCAGUGUUAAAUCUAUUAUAUUUAAAUGUGUUCAUGGCUUCUACACAUUCAAACACAUUCUUCACUGAGUUGAUGUUCAGCAUUACUUAUGGACUCGGUUAGGGAUUCACUUUAAACCGAUGAUGAGCUGUUGUAGAUAUUGUAGGAUUUGACUUUUCUUUAGAAAAGAUCUGUGCUUUGUAUUUGCAGGUGUAGACUUAACUGGCAAAAACACUUGAGUAUGGUGACUGAACGUUCAUAGUGGAUGGAUAGUAAGGCAUGCCAUGUAAAUUAUUUUAAAACUGUAUAUGUCACUCAUCUUUUUAAUAAAACUGUCAUUGUUUGAGAAAAUA